UUUGAUAGGCCAGGGGGUUUCCAACGGUUUCCCCAGAGCACCCCACACCCCCUGUGUGGGAGGUUGAGCGACCUGCCCCACCCAAAUCUGCAUUUUUUUUUUUUGAUGUAAAUAUUGGCCACUGAGCAAGAUGUUUUCGGACCAGGGCCUGUGGCCUCUCAGGGAUCAGGAAGUCCCAGAGGGAAGGUCAGGGACAGCUGUGGCCCCUGUUCCUCCAGCAGAUCCUGGCCCUCCCUCCUGCUCUCCUCCCCGCUCCUGCCGGGCCGAGCUCCCGGCUGGCGGCUGGUCUGCUUGUACCCAGCUUCUAAACCUCUCUGGGCCUGGGCCUCAGCCAGCCCUCCUGCCCCCACUCCUGCUGGGAGAAGCAGAUGCCUCUGACAUCUCUGUCCCCACAGAGGUUCCAGCCGGAAGGAGCAGCCUCCUCCCCUUAGGAUGUCCUCGCCCUCCAGCCCGCCCGCUUUCAGGCUCGAGACGUCAGAUGGAGGCCAAGAAGAUGGUGCCCAGGUGGACAAAGGAAAACUGGGCGGCGGUGCCGGGCCACCCCCCAUGGAGUCACCAUUCCAGGGCGAGGACCGGAACUUCUCGCCUCAGAUCAAAGUGAACCUCAGCUUCCGAAAGGGGGCAGGUGCCAGCCAACCAGACCCAAACCGCUUCGACCGUGACCGGCUCUUCAGCGUGGUGGCCCGGGGGGUCCCCGAGGAUCUGGUGGGGCUACCAGAGUACCUGCGCCGGACCAGCAAGUACCUCACGGACUCGGAGUACACAGAGGGCUCCACGGGGAAGACAUGCCUGAUGAAGGCCGUGCUGAACCUUCGGGACGGAACCAACGCCUGCAUUGAGCCGCUGCUGCAGAUUGACCGGGACUUGGGCAAUCCUCGGCCUCUGGUCAACGCCCAGUGCACAGAUGAGUACUACCGAGGCCACAGCGCCCUGCACAUCGCCAUCGAGAAGAGGAGCCUGCCGUGUGUGAAGCUCCUGGUGGAGAAUGGGGCUGACGUGCAUGCCCGGGCCUGUGGCCAGUUCUUCCAGAAGAAAAGCCAAGAGACCUGCUUCUACUUCGGCGAGAUGCCCCUCUCCCUGGCCGCGUGCACCAAGCAGUGGGACGUGGUGACCUACCUCCUGGAGAACCCGCACCAGCCCGCCAGCCUGCAGGCCGCCGACUCUCUGGGCAACACGGCCCUGCACGCCUUGGUGAUGAUCGCAGACGACUCGGCCGAGAACACGGAGAUGGUGACCCGCAUGUACGAUGGGCUGCUCCAGGCGGGGGCCCGCCUCUGCCCCACGGUGCGGCUCGAGGACAUCCCCAACCUGCAGGGCCUCACGCCCCUGAAGCUGGCCGCCAAGGAGGGCAAAAUUGAGAUUCUCAGACACAUCCUGCAGCGGGAGUUCGCGGGGCCGUGCCAGUCCCUUUCCCGCAAGUUCACGGAGUGGUCCUACGGGCCUGUGCGGGUGUCGCUGUAUGACCUGGCCUCUGUGGACAGCUGGGAGGAGAACUCAGUGCUGGAGAUCAUCGCCUUUCAUUGCCAAAGCCCGCACCGGCACCGAAUGGUGGUUUUGGAGCCGCUGAACAAACUGCUGCAGGCGAAGUGGAAUCUGCUCAUCCCCAGGUUCCUCUUCAACUUCCUGUGUUACUUGACCUACAUGUCCAUCUUCACCGCUGUCACCUACCACCAGCCUGCCCUGGACAAGGACUUCCUCCCGCUGGAAGGAACUGCUGGGAACUCCAUGCUGCUGCUGGGCCACAUCCUGAUGCUGCUUGUGGGGGCCAACAUCCUCAUGGGCCAGCUGUGGUACUUCUGGAGGCGCCGUCUGUUCAUCUGGAUCUCGUUCAUGGACAGCUACUUUGAAAUCCUCUUCCUGGUCCAGGCGCUGCUCACCGUGCUGUCCCAGGUGCUGCGCUUCCUGGCCAUCGAGUGGCACCUGCCGCUGCUCGUGUGCUCGCUGGCGCUGGGCUGGCUGAACUUGCUGUACUACACGCGCGGCCUGCAGCACACAGGCAUCUACAGUGUCAUGAUCCAGAAGGUCAUCCUGCGGGACCUGCUCCGCUUCCUCCUGGUCUACUUGGUCUUCCUUUUCGGCUUCGCUGUAGGUAAAGGCCCCCCGUCCCCCACCCACUCCUUGUGCCCCCUCGAGGCUGCCCGCUGGUCUCCCCAGGCUGAGGACCCCCUGCCUAUCUCCUCAGCACUGGUGAGCCUGAGCCGGGAGGCCCGGGACCCCGGGGCCCCUGCGGGCUCCAACACCACGGAGGUGGCGGGAAAGGGGGACGCGGAGGGCAGCACGGCCCCGUACGAGGGCGUCCUGGACGCCUCCUUGGAGCUGUUCAAGUUCACCAUCGGCAUGGGCGAGCUGGCCGUCCAGGCCCAGCUGCGCUUCCGUGGGGUGGCGCUGCUGCUGCUUCUGACCCACGUGCUUCUCACCUACGUCCUGCUGCUCAACAUGCUCGUCGCCCUCAUGAGCGAGACCGUCAGCAGCGUCGCCAGCGACAGCUGGAGCAUCUGGAAGCUGCAGAAAGCCAUCUCUGUCCUGGAGAUGGAGAACGGCUACUGGUGGUGCAGGAGGAAGAAGCAGCGGGCAGGGGUGAGACUGACAGUUGGCACCAGGCCGGACGGUCUCCCCGACGAGCGCUGGUGCUUCAGGGUAGAGGAGGUGAACUGGGCUGCGUGGGAGCAGACGCUGCCCACGGUGCGUGAGGAGCCCUCGGGGCCAGGCGGCCCGGGCGCCCUGAAGAACCCAGCCCUGGCCUCCCAAUCCAGCCAGGACAGUGCCGUGGAGGAAGACCAUGUGCCCCUCCAGCUCCUUGAGUCCCACUGAUGCAGCAGGGGGCCGGGAGGACAGAGCACGGAAUGUUUCCAGCCCCACCUACUGGCUCUGGGACCUCAAGGGACUUUGGUGGCAAAAAUAAAUAAGUAAUUCCUUGUG